AACAUCUGCAUCGUGAAAUUUUAAAAUCUUCUUAAAAAGACUUUCCCCUCGAUUAAAAUUUGCCUAAAUAAUCCUUGUGUGUCUGUUAAGAAUUCGCCACUGUCUUCUUAUUUAAAUUACUGAUUACUGCGAAUCACAUGGAUAUUUAUAGGCAAACUUUGUAAUGAUGGAAUAGGCUUCAGAAUUCCAGACAUGAACUGGAAUGUCGCAGAAAGGGGGUGAAAAAAGUGGAUUGAAAAAAGAUUGUUCAUGAGCUCCAAUGCUACUUUAAGCCGAUGUGAAUUGGCUUCUUUAACAAUAUAGACUAAAAAGAUACAGAUUUUUUUUUCUUCUUUAGAUCAGGUUUUGGGCUUUAGAUCUAUUUGAUCCAUAGAUUCAAAAUGAUCCAGUUACUGUUUACGGUGGUGAUUGGAGAGGGCGCAGUGGCGUUGCUUCUGAUGGUAAAUAUUCCUCCCUUGAGGAAAUUGGCAAUCAAGAGUUUGGACAGGGUGAAAACGGGGAAGGGUCCUGCCAUGGUGAAGACACUUGCAGGGACUCUGUGCGUGAUCAUGGUAUCCAGCAUCACAAGCAUUCUCAAGAUUCAGAGUAGAGCUCUUAAGAUGGCUACCAUUACUCCCACGGAUCAGAUUCUCAUGCGAACCCAUUUACUUGAGGCUUCAUUGAUGGGUUGUAUAUUUGGUGGGGAAGGUAUCCUUUGGCACGGGUUUGCACUGUUCCUUGCUUUGGUCAUUGAUCGUCUGCACCAUUAUAUGCGAGAGUUAUCUGGGCUACAGAUGAAUAUUGAUUCUUUAAAAAAACAGGUUGCAAGUUCUCAAGAAGAAUUUUUUCGUUUCAAGGAAGAAAAAGAAGGUUCCAAUGAAUUGAAGUUGUUGAAGGAUGAGAUCAAUGACCUGAGGCAGAAGGUGCAACAAUUAACCUUGGAGUCAGAGGCAAAAGAAAGAGAUGCAAAGGCAGCUGAAGCAAAUGCCAUAGCACUUAGGAAGCAAUCAGAGGGAUUCCUUCUUGAAUAUGAUCGAUUGCUUGAAGACAAUCAAAAUCUUCGAAGCCAGUUAUCAUCAUUUGAUCGGAGAUAUUCACAUUCUGAUAGCAAGAAGAAUACAUGAGGAGCAUCCUUGAUUUUAUCAACAUAAUUAAUCUGUAUCUUAGAAGUGCAAAGUAUGAUGCAUCCUAACUCUUUAUAACAUUUCUCAAGAAUGCUAAUGGGGAUUUCAGGUAUUGUUUUAUAUGUUCAACUAAAAGUGUGCUAUAGAUUAUUUUAACUCAGAGUAUGUUUUAAUUCCAUAUCUGGUGAUUUCUGCCUCUCCACUGUGAAUUGUAGACGCCAUGUAACUGCUCUCAAAUCAGGUUAGGAACAAACUGCAUAUCUCCAAAAUUUAUGUUUUAUCAUUUGUGUAACAAAUUGCGGGACUCUGAUAUUCUUUUGCUGAUUGCGGUUU